UCGCUCAGCAACGCCCAUAUAUAAGCACAAGUUUGUCAAGACGGAAUGGCGUCCUUUGUCCAUACGGUUGUGACCUCGACAAUGGAACGGUUUUCUAUACUGUGGCUCUUCUGUUCCUCACUUUUAGCCACCAGCCACCAGAAGUCGUUACCAUGGCGAGGUGUCAAAGUUUACCCUCGGGUAUUGGAGAGUCGGGGCAGUGCAUCUGAAAAAGUUCUCAUGGUUGCUGCCGGAUACUCUCUCGAUCUGCGCAAGGCGUCUGUCCUCGCAGACAGCGUGUUAAUGCGAGAUCUGACCGACAGUGGUGUCGUCGAGUUUUACAUUGCCGGAAAAGAACACGAAAGGCACCUCUACCAGGAUUCUGAGAAAAUGGCGUCACUACUACUUCAGCCUCAAGCGGGGGGACAGUAUCACAUAGUUGGGCUUCUCAACUCCACACAUCAAAUUCUACCCGUCAAAGCAUCAGAAAGGUCUUUGGAAGGACCAAACGCUCACGAGAUAUUGCCGAUCAAAACAAAUGACGGAGUCAGCGGUGUGAUCGAAGCAGCCCAUAAUGUUUAUCGGGAACAAGUAGUAAACUCUAGGCCAACCGCACGGUCCAUCAGCCUUCCGGAAAACUUCACCAUCGAGUUGGCCUUCUGCAGCGACUACUAUCACACCAAAGCCUUCGGGAAGGACACAAAAGCACGUGUCCACUAUGUCAUAACCAUGGUUCUCGCGCGGGUACCUCAGAACUGCAGUGCAGAAAUCACCCUAUGA